UUUCCCCACCCCCACUCUCCCCCUCCUUCCCUCAUCAGCGCAGCUUCUGCUCGGGCUGCUGCUGCCACCACCGCUGCUCUCCUCUCCGCCGGGGCCACAGCCUUGAGUGUCAUUCAAGCGGCCGCCAAACACCACCCCAAGCUCUCUUACCCCAACCUUAGCUUGUCUUCCCCUCCGCUUCCCACUUCCCAUUCCAUACUUCCCCCCAAAAGGGGGGGGGGGCAAGCAAGGAGUGGGGCUGAGAGAAAGGAAAGCGAAGUCUUCCCUUUUUUACCCUAGCUACUCCUAGACCUCUCACCUCCUGGACAAUCCAAGAAAUCGGAGCAGAGCAGGGCAGACGACCCCACUGCCAUGUCUAAAAGCUUGAAAAAGAAAAGCCACUGGACUAGCAAAGUCCAUGAGAGUGUCAUUGGCAGGAACCAGGAGGGCCAGCUGGGCUUUGAACUGAAAGGGGGAGCUGAGAAUGGACAGUUCCCCUACCUGGGGGAGGUGAAACCCGGCAAGGUGGCCUAUGAGAGUGGCAGCAAGUUGGUACCCGAGGAGCUGCUGCUGGAGGUAAAUGAGACUCCAGUGGCUGGACUCACCAUCAGGGAUGUGCUAGCUGUGAUCAAGCACUGCAAGGAUCCCAUCCGACUCAAGUGUGUCAAGCAAGGAGGAAUUGUGGAUAAGGAUCUUCGCCACUACCUCAACUUACGGUUUCAGAAGGGAUCAGUGGACCAUGAGCUUCAACAGAUCAUUCGUGAUAACCUCUACCUCCGAACAGUGCCAUGUACCACAAGGCCGCAUAAGGAGGGCGAGGUCCCUGGGGUGGACUAUAUUUUCAUCACUGUUGAAGACUUUAUGGAACUAGAGAAAAGCGGCGCCCUCCUGGAAAGUGGAACAUAUGAAGAUAAUUACUACGGUACCCCAAAGCCUCCCGCAGAACCAGCUCCUUUAUUGUUAAAUGUAACAGACCAGAUACUUCCAGGAGCCACACCAAGUGCCGAAGGAAAACGUAAGAGGAAUAAGUCAGUAAGCAACAUGGAGAAAGCAGGAAUUGAGCCUCCUGAGGAGGAAGAAGAAGAACAACCUGUGGUCAAUGGAAAUGGGGUAAUAGUAACUCCAGAAUCAAGUGAACAUGAAGACAAGAGUAUAGGUGUCUCAAGUGAGAUGCCCUCCCAGCCUUAUCCUGCACCAGUGUACAGUCAGCCUGAGGAACCAAAGGAAGAUAUGGAUGUAGUGAAGCCAACUAAACCUGAAGAGAAUGAUGAACUGGGCCCUUUGCCUGAUAAUUGGGAGAUGGCCUAUACAGAAAAGGGGGAAGUCUACUUUAUUGACCAUAACACAAAGACAACAUCAUGGCUGGAUCCACGACUUGCGAAAAAGGCUAAACCUCCAGAAGAGUGCAAAGAAAAUGAGCUUCCAUAUGGCUGGGAGAAAAUUGAUGAUCCCAUAUAUGGCACUUAUUAUGUUGACCACAUAAAUAGAAGAACACAAUUUGAAAACCCCGUCCUGGAAGCCAAACGAAAACUACAACAACAUAACAUGCCCAACACAGAACUUGGAACAAAGCCUUUGCAGGCCCCAGGUUUCCGAGUAGACAGCUCCUCAUCGACAUUACCUAGGCCUAAAUAUGUUCACCCACGCCCUGCACUUGAGCGGUCUCGCAGCGUGAAUGACUUGUCUUACUAUCGGCGCGACAAUGCUGGAAAGUACAGUCUGUAUGAAAAGCCGCUUUUCACCAGGGAUGCAUCACAACUGAAGGGCACUUUCCUAAGCACAAUCCUCAAAAAGAGCAACAUGGGCUUUGGAUUUACCAUCAUUGGGGGAGAUGAACCUGAUGAGUUUCUUCAGGUGAAAAGCGUGAUUCCUGAUGGACCUGCUGCUCAGGAUGGGAAAAUGGAAACAGGCGAUGUCAUUGUCUAUAUUAAUGAAGUUUGUGUCCUGGGACAUACUCAUGCAGAUGUAGUCAAACUUUUCCAGUCUGUUCCUAUUGGCCAAAGUGUCAACCUGGUGUUAUGUCGUGGAUACCCUUUGCCCUUUGAUCCUGAAGAUCCUGUUAACAACAUGGUGCCACCUCUUGCAGUAAUGGAGAGACCCCCAGUAGUGGUCAAUGGAAGACAUAACUAUGAAACUUAUUUGGAAUACAUUUCUAGGACCUCCCAAUCUGUUCCAGAUGUAACAGAUCGACCUCCACAUUCUUUGCACUCCAUCCCACCUGAUGGUCAGCUUGAUGGCACAUUCCCACCUCCUAUCCAUGAUGAUAAUGUGUCAAUGGCUUCUUCAGGAGCUACACAAGCUGAACUCAUGACCUUAACCAUUGUGAAAGGUGCCCAGGGCUUUGGCUUCACGAUCGCAGACAGUCCUACGGGACAGAGGGUGAAGCAAAUUCUAGACAUUCAGGGAUGCCCUGGCUUAUGUGAAGGUGACCUCAUCGUUGAGAUCAACCAACAGAAUGUACAGAACCUGAGCCAUACAGAAGUCGUGGAUAUACUUAAAGAGUGUCCCAUUGGAAGUGAGACGUCUUUAAUUAUCCAUAGAGGAGGUUUCUUUUCUCCUUGGAAAACUCCAAAGCCUAUAAUGGAGCGAUGGGAGAAUCAAGGCAGUCCUCAAACAAGCUUAUCUGCUCCAGCUAUACCACAGAAUCUCCCUUUUCCAAGCUCCCUUCACAGGAGUUCAUUUCCUGACUCCACAGAGGCCUUUGAUCCGAGGAAGCCUGACCCAUAUGAGCUAUACGAGAAAUCCAGAGCAAUUUAUGAAAGUAGGCAACAAGUGCCACCAAGGACCGGUUUUCGAAUGGAUUCCUCUGGUCCAGAUUAUAAAGAGUUGGAUGUUCACCUUCGGAGGAUGGAGUCUGGAUUUGGCUUCAGAAUCCUUGGGGGAGAUGAACCUGGACAACCUAUUUUGAUUGGAGCAGUCAUUGCCAUGGGCUCAGCAGACAGAGAUGGCCGCUUGCACCCUGGUGAUGAGCUGGUCUAUGUGGAUGGCAUUCCUGUGGCUGGAAAGACCCACCGAUAUGUAAUUGACCUCAUGCAUAAUGCAGCCAGAAAUGGGCAGGUGAACCUAACUAUAAGAAGAAAGGUGAUGUCUGUAGGGGAGCCGUGUCCAGAAAAUGGGAGGAGUCCAGGCUCUGUGUCCACCCACCACAGCUCACCCCGGAGUGACUACGCCACCUAUACCAAUAGCAACCACGCUGCUCCCAGCAGUAACGCUUCUCCCCCUGAAGGCUUUGCAUCCCACAGCCUGCAAACCAGUGACGUGGUCAUACAUCGCAAAGAGAACGAAGGGUUUGGUUUCGUCAUCAUCAGUUCCUUGAACAGACCUGAGUCCGGAUCCACAAUAACUGUGCCACAUAAAAUUGGGCGUAUUAUUGAUGGAAGUCCUGCUGAUCGCUGUGCAAAAUUGAAAGUUGGAGACCGGAUAUUAGCUGUGAAUGGCCAGUCUAUCAUCAACAUGCCUCACGCAGACAUCGUGAAGCUCAUUAAAGAUGCCGGGCUUAGCGUAACUCUUCGAAUCAUUCCUCAGGAGGAGCUGAACAGCCCAGCAUCUGCCCCCAGUUCUGAGAAACAGAGUCCUAUGGCCCAGCAGCACAGUCCCACAGCUCAGCAGAGUCCAUUGGCCCAGCCAAGUCCUGUGGCACCCAACAGCCCAGUCACUCAGCCUCCUCCUCCCCAGCCCCUCCAGCUACAAGGACAUGAGAACAGUUAUAGGUCAGAAGUAAAAGCGAGGCAAGACGUGAAACCAGACAUCCGACAGCCUCCAUUCACAGACUACAGGCAGCCGGCCACAGACUACAGACAGCCCCCACUGGACUACAGGCAUCCCCCAGGAGUGGACUAUCAGCAACCUCCAUCCUUGGACUAUAGGCAGCCACCUCUGUUAGAUUAUAGGCAACAUUCUCCAGAUACGAGGCAAUAUCCUCUAUCAGAUUACAGGCAGCCCCAGGACUUUGAUUAUUUUACAGUAGACAUGGAGAAGGGAGCCAAAGGGUUUGGAUUCAGUAUCCGUGGAGGAAGAGAAUACAAAAUGGAUCUGUAUGUGUUGAGGUUGGCAGAAGAUGGGCCAGCAAUAAGGAAUGGAAGAAUGAGAGUAGGAGAUCAGAUCAUUGAAAUCAAUGGGGAAAGCACAAGAGAUAUGACUCAUGCCAGAGCGAUAGAACUAAUCAAGUCUGGAGGAAGAAGAGUGAGGCUGCUGCUGAAACGUGGGACAGGACAGGUCCCAGAGUACGGAAUGGUACCUUCCAGUCUCUCCAUGUGCAUGAAAAGUGACAAGCAUGGGUCCCCAUAUUUCUACUUAUUGGGCCACCCUAAAGACACGACGAACCAAACUCCUGGAGUUCUCCCUCUGCCACCUCCACAGGUCUGCCGGAAGUAGUGGCUUCCCUUGAAGACAUAAUCUCACCAUUAUCUUCAUCGCAUCUAGCCCCACCCUCUGACCCUUCCCACCAGAUAAGCCCAGACCCAACUUGGGAUAUCAAAAGGGAACAAGAUGUUCGAAAACCAAAGGAGCUUUCAGCUAACGGCCAGAAGAAGAAAAGAUUAGGAGAACAAAGGGAAAGAUCCGCUAGCCCCAAGAAGGUUGAUAGGUCAAAGCAUGAGGAGACCUCCAGCAAAGGAUCGUCCGAGUGCAAACCCAAGAAAAGCGAGGGCGGCAGGCCCCCCUCGGAGUGUAAAGCCAUUGGACAGAUCACCGUCCCCGAAGUGGGAGGAGCAGGGGAGACGAUGUAUGCUGGGACCAAUGAUGAACCACGCGGGAAGCCUAAGGCCACUGAUGCCAACAGAGGUGGAUCCCUCGGGAGGAAAGAGGAUCUCCGAGCUUUGGGUCCGGCGGAAAAGAAAGCCGCAGCAGCUCCUGAUCACAGCCAGCUCGAAUCACUCGGUGCUACAAAGGCAUAUGGUAGCAAUAGCUGCAGCCCGUACGCGAGCGACGUGGACCACAGCCGGCGAGAGCCUGACGGGAAACACGGCGAGUUCCCGAGGAAGGGACACUUCCAUUGUAGUAGCGCUCGCAGUGCCACCACCGCCACUCGGAAGGCAACGGUGUCACCAGGACCUUGGAAAAUCCCUGGUUCCGACAAGUUACCUAGUGUACUGAAAUCUGACACUUCCGCCCUGAGCAGAUAAAGCGAUGCAGCUGUUGCCCUCCAUUUCACAUCAAUACAGAACAUUCUUCUUAGCUUCUGUCUCGCGAUGUUUUAAUUUAUUUUCUCUGUCACACAUAGAUCCAUGAGACAUCAAAGCCUGGAAGCAUCAACAGUGGAACUCGAGUCCGUGAGGAUAUACAGAGCAUCCAAUAAGUUUGAGCCGUAUAGAGGCAACGCGGAGAUUAAAAAACUGAUCCCGGAGUCCCCCGUUCCAUUUUAGGGACUUGGGCAGCUAUGGAAGAACCAAAAUAUCUUAAAGUACAAUUGGAGAGAGACAGUGCAGUGUAGCUUUAGUAUUUUUUCCCCCGCUGCAUGAAGGAUUUGGGUGUCAUUUACAAACUUUAUAUCAAGAAACUGGACAAGCAAUCACAAACUGGAAUAUCGCCUUAAAAAUCAAACUGCACGGAGCAAGCUGAAACUGAGAAAAAGAUUAUAUCUUUUAACUGAGCUAAAGUGUUGUAAAUAAAUUGUUCUCAACGUAUCUAGACAGGGGUUAAAGGGUUUCUUUGAAACAUUCAGAACUGUGCACCCAUGACAUAUUUCCAUGGUACACACUUUGGGACAGUCCACACCUGGUUCUAGCAGCCUCCUUCAUCUGUGGGCUUCAGGAUGACUAGGAAAUUGAGUAAAUUAAUUGGUGUGAUGCCAUUUUUACUGCCAUUUUGUGAACAAAUCCUAUUUCUGUACAUUUAGGGUAGGGGAAAUGGAAGGGGAACCAAGUUAUGUUUCAGAAAAUCAUGUCCUGGAAAACAAUUUGCCACAAGUUAGAAUUUGGUGAUUUAGCUCACAGAUUAGCACUGGUCAUUGUCUAAAGUGUAGAUUUUUACACCCGCAGAACAGAAUCUAAUGAUUAUCAAGAGUGGAGAAGCUGCAGUUUCCUUACAAAAAAAAAAGAAAAAAAAGAAAAAAAAAGGCUUUCCUAUCCUCUCUUAGUAGCAGAGACAGAUACCUUUCUUACUAGCGGUGCUAUAGUUCACUCUUUUGUAUUACCUUCUGUUGGGCCAUCUUUCUACUUCUAAUUUACUUGGGAAGAGCAGAUAUUUGCAAAAUAGUCCAUCCUACAUUAUUGAGGUCUUAAUGCCUUCCAAGUAUAAAAAGCCAUCAUUAUGACCAAUUUGUUUUCACUAAAAGACAUUUUAUCAUUCCUUUCUGCCUCUGAGCUUUCAUUUUCUCCUUUUUGUUUCAUCGAGUCCACUUUUGUCUUGAACCCUUUAGUCAAGUCCACAUUUUUUUUCAUGCAUGUCUAGACCCUGGAAGUACUCUUCAUGGAAGAUUGAUUUCCUAGCAAAAUUCUAAGACACCAUUUUCUGCCUUGAUUUUUUUUGUAAUAGAAAAAGUUGUAAACACUGGUAAAUUUGCCAUGGAUAAUCACUUCAUGAAUACAUAUGUGAAAAGUCAACAUGGAGGCUUCUAAAAAAGCACCAAAACAGUCCUUUCUCUUUAAUGUGCUCUGCUCAAAAGAGGCUUCAGUCCAUUGUAAGUUACUUCAAUAGCAUCCUUUCCACUAUUGUCAUGCUUUGUAGGAGUUCAGAUGCAAAUAAGCCACACUUCCUUGCCAUCUCCAAAUCUGUAGUCAAAGAAGUAAUAUGGGAAGAUUGGUUCCAUCAGGCUGAGUCAAAAGGCAGUGGCCUCCCUUGAUUGAUUCUUUGGCAUGUGUUCCUCUAUAUGUAUGUCUUUCUCUAUGUAUGUCUACCCACGUCUCUCUGUCUAUCUUUUUCUCUCUCCCUCCAGUUUACCUUUCCACUCUCCCUUUGCCUCCAUUCCUCAUUCUUUCUCCCUGCUGUGCCCUACUUCUUGCUCUCUUCUUCUUCCCUCCCUCUGUCCUAGGCACUGCAUUAUCUUACAUUACCAUAAUUUAGUUUCAUCCAACAUGGGGUUGAGUUCUUUGAUGGAAAGAGAUGGUGGUUGAAAGUCUCAAAUGAAGGAUUUUGCAGCUUUCAAACUGGUUUUCAAACAAACAAACAAAAAAAAGACAAAGAAACUCCAUUCAUCAUAAACAAAAGCACAAACACAUGUAGUGAUUUACACAAUUUUGGUUUAAUUUCAAUUAGUCUUUUUCCCCUGGACUAGAACUCCAAUAUAGUUUGCCAUUAAUUUAUUGAAUCUGGUUUUGAAGUUUUGGACAAUGCUUCUGUAGUGUAGCUGCACGCCCCAGUACUGUAUCCUCUGACCUUUAUUUUCCAUGUGUUAAAAGAAAUGAAGAACAACCUGAGAUUACGCUUGCAUAAACUCUAAUUUGCACAGUUCACAGCUACUACUUGUGCAGCAAUUGCUUUAUGCGGCUGUAAUCGAUAACCUGUGAAGACAGCACAUCAUCUAAACCCCAUUCCAAAUAAUAUUUCUGUGUAGUGUUAGCUGUGAAUUUACCCUGUACAGCUGUAUCUCUAUAAAUAUAAUUCCAUGUAUUAAUAGUCACAGAAAGGCUGUAAGUGAGCAACUAUUUUUAUGAAACGCACCACUAUGGAUAAAUUAACUUUUACAGAAAUCUUGUUUACUGUAUGAUAUUCUAAAACACUGUCAAAUAAAAUAUAUAUCCAAAA